AUGUCUCAGCCCGCGGCCAAGGCCUCGGCCACCGCCGCCGUGAACCCAGGGCCCGACGGGAAGGGGAAGGCGGGCCCGCCCCCAGGCCCCGCCCCGGGCUCCGGCCCCGCCCCCGCCCCCGCCCCGGCCCCCGCCCAGCCGGCGCCCGCGGCCAAAGCGGACCUGCCUCCCGGCAGCUACAAGCUGGUGGUCUUUGAGCAGGAGAACUUCCAGGGCCGGCGGGUGGAAUUCUCCGGGGAGUGCUUGAACCUGGGAGACCGUGGCUUCGAACGAGUGCGCAGCAUCAUUGUCACCUCCGGACCCUGGGUCGCCUUUGAGCAGUCCAACUUCCGGGGGGAGAUGUUCGUCCUGGAGAAAGGCGAGUACCCACGCUGGGACACGUGGUCCAGCAGCUACCGCAGUGACCGGCUCAUGUCCUUCCGACCCAUCAGGAUGGACGCCCAGGAGCACAAGCUCUGCCUGUUCGAAGGGGCCAACUUCAAGGGCAACACUAUGGAGAUCCUGGAGGAUGACGUGCCCAGCCUCUGGGUCUACGGCUUCUGUGACCGCGUGGGCAGCGUGAGGGUCUCCAGCGGAACCUGGGUUGGCUACCAGUAUCCUGGCUACCGUGGGUACCAGUACCUCCUGGAGCCUGGCGACUUCCGGCACUGGAACGAGUGGGGGGCCUUCCAGCCGCAGAUGCAGGCCGUGCGCCGCCUGCGUGACCGGCAGUGGCAUCGCGAAGGCUGCUUCCCCGUCCUGGCCGCCGAGCCGCCCAAGUGA